AGGAAGCCAGUGUUACAAUUCGCGGAGGCUCCCGUCGUAUGCGCCAGUGAAAUCUUAGACAUACGCCGGUUAAUCGCACGUACGCACGGUCGUCGGGCCAGGUACGUCCACGUCGACGGACGUACGUCGCCGCAGCCCCUGCACGUCGCUCCGCCGUUCACUCGCUCUCUCACCCACCGUCUGUCCUGACGGCUAGGCAGCCACACAAGGGGCGGCCGGCCGGGGGUAGCCGUGCUUUAAUCGCGGGGAUAUAACGGCGGGUGUUGUGCGCUCCUCGCUCUCGUCGCGUACGUGCGUGCGAGCGAGCGGGACGGAGCGAGGCGCGGCGCCGCGAGUGCGACGGAGACGGCGGCAACGUCUCAGGAAGGUGCAGCCGCGUGAGGAACGGCGGAAGACGUCGGCGGCAGCCAGUGAAUUCAGCCAGCCAGUCCGUCGAUCGGUAGAUACAGCCCGCUGUCUACUGGCCCGCCAUCCGGUCAGUGAAUCCGGCCAGCCGAGCCAAGUGUCGCAGCGCGUUUCGCUCUUGCGCUCGAGAAAAGAAAGAAGAGAAGCGGAAAGAGAGAGGUGGCAAGAGGGGCAGAGACGGUGCGAGAGAACGAGGGUAGGAGUGAGAGAGAGACACCUUGCGAGGGUAUACGCGCGAGCAGGCUGGGCGGAUAGCGGCGCGACCGGAGAGCAGCAUCCCCCAAUAUAUAAUGCGACGUGCAGCAGCCUUCCUCCUCGUCACCCUGGUGAUCGUUCCUUCGGAAUAAAGCCGCGCGCUCGCUGCUGGGACGGUUCCUUACCUGCAGGGCUAUGACGUAAUGGCAAGAGAGGAGUUACGGACCAAGAGACCUUUUAAGAUAUGGGACAGCUGGCGUAACGUAAGAAAAGGACUGGUCGUUAGCAAUUUCGAAGAGCUAAUUGUUCGAGGUAAGGAAAAGCUGGGUGUGCCACAAAAUGAGAACGUCUCGUUAGUUUUGGAGUCGGACGGCACGCAGGUCGAGGACGGCGAGUACUUCAAGACUUUAGGCAACAACACGAUCCUGCUCCUGCUGCGGCAUGGUGAACGCUGGUGUCCUACUGGCGUCGACAUCAUACGCGCUGCAAUUUCGGCGAUCCCGAAAAUAGUCUGCGAGACGAUCCACGCGCUGGAGCUACACGAUGAGACGCCAUCGUGGAAGAUUAUGGACAAUAAAGGCCGAGUCACAGUGGUGCUGCACUGGGACCAGCGCUCGUCGUCGUCGUCGCAGGUGCAGCAGCAGCAAUCGAAACCGGGCCAGGACGCCCAGACGUCCAAGUACUCGCCGACUAAGAAAGCCGACCUGAGCGGUACUCAACGACCGUCCUUGGUGAUCCAGACCAGCCUGGACAAGCUCGGCUACGAUGGCAAGGCGACGCAUUUGCCAGGCGAAAUCGCCCCGACGCGGUACAGCAGUCCGCGAAUCACUGUGAUAAAUCAUGAUGAUAUGCAGCAACCGGCGCAGCCGCACAUGCCAGGUCGUUUGGUGAAGCAGGGCACGAAUUCAUUCGACAGCACGACCAUCCACAUCCACACGCCAGAAUGCUCCAAUCACAUCCAUCAGCCGGUCGCGAGAAACGGCAGCCCGGUGAACGGCGCCGAUGGCGGCGCCGUUGGCGAGUGCGACUUCCACUGCUGCGCCCUGCACGAGGAGGGCCGCCGGAUCGCCGUGCAUAAAUCGGUGGCGACGUCGCCGAUUCAGGACGCACAGCACGCGCAGUAUCAACAUCCGCAUCAUCCGCAUCAACAGCAACAACAGCAGACACAAACGCAGACACCAUCGCCGCAGCCGCCGUCUUCGCUAUCGGACGGCACCAAGCGACCCGGCCUCAGCAAAGGUCACGUACGCUUCCGCGACACCGCCGACGAGGAGUCGAGCUCGCGUCUGGCCGGCGCCGCCGGUUUUCAUCUACAUCACAAUCACCAUCAUCAUCAUCAGGAGCACGACAGCUCCGAGUCCGAGACAGAGAAUACGAUAAUGGAGGACGAGUUCGGGGUGACCUCGGAGAAGUUUCUGCUUCUGAUCGAUCAGUUGACGGUCGACCAGAAGCACCACCUUAGCAUCAAGGACAUCGGCAUUAUACUGGAGCGACUCAGCUCCAAGAUCCUCGACGUUGAGCGGCUGGAUCGCGAGAGCGAGAGCGAGGAGUGCUACAAUUGGACGAUCAAGGCGAUCAUCCGGGGCGAUGUCCUGCGGGAGCUCGGGGUAAUCUAUAACGGGAAUUACUACGCGAUUUCGGAGCACCCCGGCUACAAGGAGGAGUCCGAGGAGAAUAAUGAAGAUAACGAGGAGGAAGAGGAGGAUAGACUUUAAUAUGAUGCUGUUUUAUUAGAUAGAUAGAUAGAUAGAUUAUACACCUAUUCCUGGUUAUUAUUAACUUAGGAUAUGUUGUAAACGGAAAUAAGGACGGGGAACAUCACGUGGUCUCUCUCCCUAAGAUCCGAGGAUUUUUUGGCUUCUGGCUUUUCUGUGAUGUUUGCGGAGAUUCUACAGCAUUCCCGGGAAUCUCUGUGAUCCUUCCAGGAUUUUCUGAGAAUUUAGGUUUUCCUAAGGUUUUUCUAGAAUUUUUUUAGCAUCCGAAGCCGCGGUAACGUCGUCUCGUGCCAAAUAUAUCUAUGAAAGUUUCACAGAAUUAAUGCAGAAUUUUUUGAUCUUUGGACAAUAUAAUUGCGUAAAAGUCGCCCAAGAUUCAGUGAACUUAGAAUUUCUAGAUGUAUCCUUUUCAAAUUUCAGGACAUUCUUAGUGAUUUCUAAGAUUUCGGAAUUUCCUGCGUAGGAUUCCUUCCUAGAACUUUCUAAGAAUUCCAAUGUUAUUUGUAAAAUUUUUAAAAUUGUCUUCAAAUUUGCAUUUGAAAUUUAUAAUAUUCAUCUUGCAAUUUUCUCUCUCUCUCUAAGAAUCUCUUAAAACUCUACAAUCCUAGAACUAUUCAAAAUAUUUUAAAUUCUAUUUCAGAUAUUCUAAUAUUUGUUUCGAAUUUUUUGGCUUUAGGAGAUUCUUGGAAAAAAAUUUUCAAAUUUUAUUACUUUGGAUUUGCGCGUUCUAUAGAGAUUCCACUUUUCUUGCGUUACAACUGAUUCCUGAAUUCCGAACGUCAUAGAUCUUAGAUGUCGCAAGACCUACCUUAGACUCUAAACAUUAUAAUCCUAGGUGCCUUAGAUUCCAGAUAUCUUAAAUCGCACAGACUUUCGAUCGAAACAUCUUAAGUCCUGGGCGUCUUAGAUCUUAAACACUGUAAAUUCUAGGUUCUUCAGAUUCUAGGCUCGUCCAGGUUCACAAUCUCGAUAUGAAUUCUAAGUUUCUUAAGUCCUGGCACUUUUUUAAUAUAAAUCCGUAUGCUAAGUCGUUCUUCUAUUACGAAGUGUUGCGAGCUAUUACGCAAUCUUUAAAUAUGCAAGGCGAAACGAGAGGGAGUUUUAAAAGAAUAACGAGGAUAACAAAAAGGAUGGACUUUAAUGUAAUGGUGUUUUGUUAGAUAGAUGUGUAGAUUACGAUUACAAUAGAGCUGCUUACUUUUGCAUGAAUUACAUGCUAAUUUUCCAAUUGAGAAAUUUAAAUCCAAUUUUGUCAAGUUUUUAUUAAAGUAAACACCGUUGCGCCGAAUCCUUUCAUUUGUCCAUCAUCCAUGGUGACUUUGCGUACGGAUUUACGAAUGAUCCAAAGAUCAGCUUCUUUGGAAUUCACGAAAUCCUCGGAUCAAAGAAGAAAAUCACGGAAAAACGAAGAGCGAGUGUGACGCAUGCGAAUUACAUUCACAUCGCGAGGAGGAACGUAAUUCGUAAAAUCGAAAGGCGACAGAGGGUAGAUCGGUGAAGAGCGCCACUUCUUCCAAAUGUGUUUCGUAAUAAGGAAAAAAAAAAAAUACGAGAAAGAAGCAUAACAGGGGAAGAAGAAGAGCGCAUCGUAAUGAAAUCAUGUAAUAUGAUACACCUUUAUUAAAAACCUAGUUCUAAAGACGGUUGUUGAAAUAUGUACUUAUUAAAAUUAGCAUGUAUACUUAUAGAAAACAUUUUUGGGAUUACGGACGUCGAUUCCGUAACCGUCCACAACACUGCCCUAACUAAAAAGAAGAGAUAAAGUAGGGAAAGAGAGAGAGAGAGAGAGAAAGAGAGAGUGAGAAAUAGAAAGAAGAAAAGGGAGAGAAACGAGAAUAAAACUAAAAGGUGUGUAUAUAUACAUAUAUACAAUGCGUGACGAUUCGACUCGACUCGACUCUCGACUAAAUCAAGCUAAGUGAUAAGUUUUUUUCUUCGCUCGCAAUGUGUCAAUGAUUGAUCUUUUAUUGUAGAAUUUAAAUAUAUAUAGCUUUCCCCCAAAACACUGAUUUUUAAAUUAAUUUUAAAUUAAUAUUCCACGAUAGUUUAGAUUCAUAAUUGAAGUUCUAAAGUAAAUUUUUCCAUCAAGAUUAAGAUUUCCCGAUUAUAUAAUUGUUUUCACAAUUAGUUUUAAUUUCCUUACACAAUAUAUUUUGGAAGUUAAUUCAUCAAAAGGUGUUAAACACUGAAAAAUUUAUGAAUAAUUUCGAAAUAAGAGAUAACUUUGUUUUCUCGAAAGAUGUCAAAAAAUUCUGCAGUAAAGGAUUAAUUUAUACUUGUAAUAAGCGCAAUCGUGGACGAAACUUUCGCGAAGACACAAGAUCGAUCGUCGACGUCGGGAACGAUCAAUGAUCUCGAACGGCGGAUGGAUAACAUGUGGCGAGCAUAUGUAUCAAUCUAUAGAUCGUCAUAGAAUGCUCACUAAACGAUAUUAAAUAUGGAUUUAACGUAAUCGCGUGGCUGCCUUUAAUUCAUCGAACAUCGCGGACGAUUCAUGAACCGCGCAAAGAUCGACAUCAAAGCUGAUGAGAAAGCGACGUGAUAAAUGGGAGUGGGGGAAUGAAGUUGUUUGUUUCUCGCCGACGUAAAUUCUUUAUAGACGUGAAACAAUAUUCUCGUAGCCUAAGAUCCUUGAAUCCUCGGAUUCUCCGAUCUUUGAUUACCUGGAUACUAGGUUCCUUGGACUUCAUCUUCUACAAACGAAUCAUUUAUCUUGUUUCUUUAAAUUACAAGCCAACUGAUCUCAAUUUUCUAAAAUUUCAAUUUCUUCAAUUUCAAUUUGUCGAUCCUAAAUUAUAGAAAUUGUUAAAUAUCUAACUCUUGUCUUUUUCAUUUUACAAAUUAUUAAUUCUUGUCUACUUCUAAACUUUCUGUGCAUCUACUGCUAAUUUUUCCAGAACCUAGUAUACCCACUUCAAUCAUUUCAGCUCAUCGCAGCUGCGAUUUCUCGAAUUAGAUCCGCGAAUGAAAAUCGCGUUUCAUUCGAAGCGGAACACAAUACAGACAGCAUCGCUCAAAGCUUUCAACUCCUCUUUGAGAAUAUAAAAUUAAUGUAAUUAAAUAAUGUUUUUGCCCAAGAGUCAAUAACG